AUGUGUCGUUGCAAUGUUCACCUCAUCUCACCUUUUCCUAUCCAAUCCCCUCCCGUUCUUCAGACUCUCGCGGGGCUGAUUUCGGUAAUGGGCAAGCCAGGGCAGGGGGGCAAGUGGGGCAUGGGCGGGUGUUUGGACGGCAGCAUGUGGGUGUCUUAUCUCACUCGCACCGCACAGACUCGCCCGGGGAACACAGGCGCGGCCGCGUGUGUGGUGGUGCACGAUGCAGAGAGGGCGUCUUUUGAGAAGCAAGCGUCCUUUGAGCAACAGUACGGCAGCAUCAGAGACAACACGUUGAACAUCAGUGCCCGUCGCCCCAUUUACUGCCCCAAGAUUCUCGAGCUCACAACGCUCUUUGCCACCAACGGCCCCAGCAACAUCGACCUCUUUCAACGAUUCUACUCGGCGAUCCCGCUGGUGGAGGAGGGAAAGCACUUCUACUCCUGGCCCUACCCCCUUGCCAACCCCCUCACUCAUGCCGGAUUCGGUGUCGCCUUUCCUAUCCACCGCAGGCUCCCCACCAACCACUCGAGGCAGUCAGCAGCAGGAGCAGUGUACGGGUCACUUGCUGCAUCUAUUGACGUGACAUACAUUGCACAGAAGGUCCUAGAGGAGUUGUAUGUACCUGGUGAGUUUUCAGGCGCCUCAAAGAUCGCCAAUAACCACUUGAAGCAGUCAGCAGCAGGAGCAGUGUACGGGGCACUGGCUGCUUCCAUUAAUAGGACUUGUUGUCUCUUUCUUUGUGCUCUUCUUACUCUCUCCCUCCCUCUCCCCUUCUUCUCCCCCUCCCCUCCGCCCUCCCCCAUCGCCCCCUCUCCCCCCUCCCAUGCAGACUCAUCAAAAUCCUUUGAGCUAUACAACAUCUCGGACCCAACCUCUCCCUUCCCGUCCUGCCUUCCCCCGGCCAUCCCUGCCACUCUCAUUCCCCUCUCUUUCCCCCUUUUAUCCACCCCACCCACCCACCCACCCACCCACCCAGACUCAUCCAAGUCCUUUGAGCUAUACGACAUCACCAACCCAGCCUCUCUCUUCGCCAUCGUCUCCCCAGUCCCCCCUCAUGCCUACUUCCGCCCAGACGACCAUCUCCCCUACAUGCACCCCUCCCGGACUCUGAAACCCGCCCCUGGGAGCAGCGAGCAGUGGUCCCUUUGGAGGAAAUGGGAGCAGGCGCACAUGCAGCCUCCCAACACAUGGCAAUCGUGGGGCAUCCCUAUCCUCAUCGCCCUCUUCGCCCUCCUCCUCGUGCUGCUCGUGCUGCUGGCGGCUUGGCUGCAGCGCACCAAGUUCAUUCAGACGCAGCAACUGGUGGCUGAGGCGGACAGGCUGAGACGGGAGGCAGAUGAAGCAGAGGCGUCAAAGAGCAUGUUCGUGGCUUGCAUGUCUCACGAGCUCCGGACGCCCAUGGUUGGGAUCAUUGGAAUGAUCGACGCUCUAGCAGACAUGGGCCUCAACGCCUCUCAGCUGGCAGACCUCCUCAUGGAUGGAGCAUCGGCCAAAGAUGCACUGAAUCUGGUCAACCGCGUGUUGGACCUGGCGAAGCUGGAGGCAGGCAAGGCAAUGGUGGAUGAGGUGGUGGUUGAUGUGAGGGAUUGGCUUCGUGCCGCGUUAGACUGGCAUGCAGAGGAGGCACGCUCAAAAGGCAUCGAGUGUGAGUGA